AAUUGUUCCUCUGCUCUCUGGCUGCCAUUGGUGGAUCACCAAUCUUACCACUUCGUUUUAGGACGCCAUUUAUUUAUCCGGAAAGUCGAAAGUGAGUCGAACUGUUUCACGACGGAGUUUAUUCUUAAUAAUUACUGCUUGAAACAUCUGAGCGAUGGCAGGAAUUGAAACACCUAAAGUAAUACAAGAACCUCAGAAUAUUUCUACAGAAAAUAGUAAUGAAAAUCCACGGGAACGGAAUCCUCCGGGCGAUAAUCGCAAUCCGCGUGGUCGAAGAGGAGGAGCACGUUUUUCUGGUGGACGCGGUGGCGGAAUGAGCGGAGGAAACAGAUAUAGCGAUGGACCCGAUCGCAUAAUGGAGCGAAUUAUGAGUAUUAGUGGACCUACGCAUGAUUUGCCACCUCAAGAAACUAUAGAAAAAAAAUUUAGUGGUCGUAAUCGUCUAUAUAUUGGAAACUUGACAAAUGACGUUACAGAAGAGGAGAUCCAACAGAUGUUUCAACAAUAUGGUGAAACAUCUGAACUUUUUCUAAAUAAAGAGAAAAAUUUUUCAUUUGUUAAAAUGGAUUACAGGGUAAAUGCUGAGAAAGCAAAACAUGAAUUAGAUCGCAAAAUGGUUAAAGGACGUGCACUUAAAGUUCGAUUUGCUCCUCUUGAUUCAACAAUUAAAGUUAAGAAUCUUACACCUUGGAUUUCAAAUGAAUUGCUUGAAAAAGCAUUCAGUGUCUUUGGUGAAAUUGAACGUGCUAUAGUUAUAGUAGAUAAAAAAGGGAAGUCCAGUGGAGAAGGAAUUAUAGAAUUUUGCAAGAAGAACUCAGCCCAACUUGCUUUGCGGAAAUGCACAGAAGGAUGCUACCGUCUAACAGCGUCUCCAUUACCUGUGAUUGUUGAAUUAUUUGAACAACAAGAUGAUAUAGAUGGUUAUCCGGACAAAAGUUUACCCCGAACUACUGAAUUUUUUAAAGCUCGUGAAAUUGGUCCAAGAUUUGCAGAAGUAGGAAGUUUUGAAUAUGAGUAUGGAACAAGAUGGAAACAACUUUAUGAAUUACGUAAACAAAAAAUAGAAGCAAUAGAAAGAGAAAUGGCAAUCGAGGAAGAAAAAUUGGAAGCUCAAAUGGAGUUCGAACGAUGCGAGUUCGAAACUAAGCGUUUAAGAGAAGAAUUGCGUAUGCGCGAGGCUGAUCGUGAGAGGCAAAAAAGAGAAUGGGAAAUGAAAGAAAGACAGGCUGAAGAACAAAGAACACGCGAGGAAGAGUUACGAAGGCGACAGCAAGAAGAAAUGGCAAUGGCUAUUAGAAGACAAGAAGAGGAGCUGCAUAGGCGUCAACAGGAAAAUAAUUUAUUUUUGCAGGGACAAGCAAUGAGAGGAGGCGGAGGAAGUGGAAUAGUAGGGAAAGGUUAUGAUCCCAUUAGUAACGAUCGCGAUGGAUUUGGACAACCUGAUGGUGGAAGCAACAUGCCAGUGGAUCCAAAGACAUUUAUGAAUGCUUAUAAUAAUAUGGAUCGUGGUAGUCGUGGGGUUUACAACGAUGAUCGUAGUCAAAUGGAUUUGAGGGAUACGAGGGUCAAUAUGGGUGGUAAUAGGGGUGGUGGUCGUGGAAAUAGUGCUGGUGGACGUUGGCAAGGUGGAAAUGAUCGUAAUCGUCAGAAUGAUUAUCCUAAUAAAAGGAGACGCUAUUAAAAAUUGCAGAAUUAAAAUAACUUCUGUUUCUUUAAUCGAUUGAGAAGAAUCGAUAGUUUGCAUUGGUAGUCUUCACUCAUUUUUUCCAACAACGUUUGCGACCGAUCAUCUUUCUCACAUUUUAUAUCAUAACAUAGCGUUUUGGGAUAAAAAUAGUAGCAUUACAUCUUUACAAACAUUUUUCUUUAAUUUCUUCUUAUUAUUUUGUCUUCAAAUGUAAAAUCUAUGUCCGUUUUAUUGGAAAUGCUAGCAGCAAUAAAAGCUUAGUACAGAUUGUUGUCUUCGGGACGAUCGUCCAAAUUAUAGAAUCUACGUUCUUCAUUACUUUGGAUGAAUCACUCCACAUUGUUUCAAAGGGUUGAAAUUCUCUGGGCCGAGAUAGUUUCUCGACAUUACUUCAAUAAGCAAGUCUAAAAUAUCUUAUCGAUGAUGAGAAAACAGUCGAAAUCUUUGUUUUAUGAAUGUUACGUUACGUUAGAUCGGUCUGUCUUAUAUAACGUACAGUCAUUUUUAAUGCUCUAACUUUACCCAUUUCUCGAAUUUAAAAGAAUCUUAAUACGAUGUUCUAUGAAUUUUUGACUAAUUUUUCAAUUUUUUGAGACCGAUGAAGUGUAGAUUAAUUAUAAAUAUAUAAUAUAUUAUGCAGUGUAGUUAUUCUUUUACGAAUAUAAAUUUGCGAAUAUAAAGUAUAUUCAUUUUAAAAAAUACUAAUUUGUUAUGAAUUUGUUAUAUGUAUUGUCAAGUUGCGAAGAUUUUGGCAGGUAUUUUUUUUGACCGAAUUGUAAAAAAGAAAUCAAAAUACUGUUAAAAACAUUGAUUAGCAACACAAUCAUAUCAUUUUUAAUGGUAAAGGAACAAGUUGAGUUGCCAGUAACACCGAUUUCUAAAGAAGAGAAUCGCAUAUAGUAGAAAAAUGAACCCUAAGUUGUCAAUAGUAGAACAGUGUUAUUUCAUACAUUUUUGCCAUGCUAACAUAUAAAUAGUAAUGUAUAAUCUCAUAGGAUUUUACUUCAUGAAACAAUAUGUAAAUAUUACAAAUAAUGUAUAUUAACUUUUAUUGCUACUGUAUUGUCAUAGUAUAUACUAUAUACCAUUCAUAGUUUGUCAUUUCAUUUGAUCCAAUAGAUUUCCAAAGUGAAAGUAUAUACUCUGAUCGUAUCUUUAGUUUUGUUCUUUAUGAUUAUAAAAAAAUAUGAAAUUAGCUUAUAAGCGAGAAGUGCGUUUAAUAUUGACUGAUACCAAUAUCAAAGUAAUUUGGUAACUUACCUUUUUAAGAACAAAAUAAAAUUGCACAGGCGUAUAUAUGUGUCUGUAUCAAAGAUUGUCUCUUUUACCUUGUACAUUAUCUCUAUUCGUACAUAUGUACACGUAAUCGUACUACUUAUAGGUGAUAAUUAAGCGAAAGUAUUUUGACAUUGGUAUAUCUGUUAAAUUUCUCGAACUUAAAUGUGAGUUGUGAAUUUCCUAAAAGAAUAGGGACAUUCUAAUUAAAAUAGAAAGUAAUAACAGUAUUAUUUUUUGUCUUAAAUAGCGUUACAAAAUAUAUCUCUUUUCAAAUGAAUUUUCUUUUUAUAAUCGUUUGAGAAUUCAUUUGAGAUAAAUGUUAAUCAUUAAAAGAUAGUAAACUUUGUUAUAUGAAAAUGCUUGCAACAUAUUUGCUUGCCUCAUUUUGGCAGUAAGAUCGACAUUUUCAUAUUGAUGUUUUAAAUAAAGUUAUAGGCAAUUAAGCAUAAUGAAAAGUAUAUUUGUUUAGAGAGAAUAUAAAAAUCAUGGUGAAUGUAAUAUAAAGGAACUCUCUAUUCUGUUUUUAUUAAAAAUCUAUUAUUUUUAAAUAUCGCCGCAUUUCUUUCAGGAAAUCUUCAACAUAAAUCUUUUAAUAAUGUGAGUUUAUAGUACAAAUUUUUAUUAUGAAAAUAUUUUGUAUUUUUUCUAUUCACUUUUUAUAUGAACUAUAAUAUUUGCCUUUCCUUCGGAAAAUUUUGUUUAAUUAAAGAUAUAAUAUGAAACGGAAAAAUAUAUUUUCAUAAAAUCUAUUUUAAAUGACUUGCAUUAUUCUUUAACCAUAUUUUGUCUCUCUAUCUGAUUUUAAUCCUACGAUAUAACUAUUAUAUAAAUUGUGAUUGACAAAUUUCCAGUCGCUUUUCAGUUCAUUUAUUAUUAUUGUAUUCUCGUAUUAUAAUAAUCGUUACUUUGUAAACAUUGCUAGCUGCAUAUAACUUGGUUGCGUUGUUACUCGCCUAACUACUUGUUAAUCACCCGGCGGCUGGGUUAUUAAUUUAGCCGUUGCUAACUAUCACGAACUAUUUCUGGUGUAGCAUCGUUAUGGUCCUUGUGAACAAUUUUCGGUACAGCACCAUUGUGCUGGCCUUGAACACCCUAUAUAUUCUUUUGGUCGCUCGACCCAUUAAUGCUGUUCCGAACAUCAUUGUACUCUUUGUGGCCGCUCGACCCUUUAACAUUACAUUAUCGUCAUUCGAGGGCGGUACUCUUCAGCUGUAAUAAUUUUUUAUUGCUGUAUCUAAACAAUUAAACGACACACCAUCUACGGAUUAUCUUCCUGAAUUGAGAGCACUGAAGAGAGAACAUUGAUACGAUGCUUUGAAUUCUGGCUAUUAAUUUCCGACUAUAUCCUCUACUAUACGACUCGCUGACUCACUCGUUACUUGAACCGAUACUUUGGGUAUUGGCAAAUAUACUAAUGGGUAUUUCGUUCCUUCGAGUAUAUUCGCAGAGAUGAGAAAAAUAACCAGGCAAAGGAAUGCGCAUCUGAUCGCUUACUUCUGACAGACCCGGUAUAAUCGAAGAUAAGCGCGUGUAAAGAGGCUGCAAGGAUCGCAUAUAUAAAUAUAGCAACGGAUAACGGUGAGCGAUAGAGAAUAGUACAUAUUUCUAUGUAUUUUCCUUGCUCCUAUUUUGUCCUGUUAACCAUUUCUUCACCUCUGCAUUUAUACCUCUGCCGGAUCAAACACGGAGAUUGUGUGUUCGUUUCCGAGGAUAAAGGGCGAGAGAACGAUUACGAUAAUGGACGGCGAUCCCUCCACUAGCUGCUUAAGCACUUGGAGCUGCUUCGAUCGUACAUACGUCUUUACGUUUGUCAGCGGAGCUCGAACUUGAUGUCAAUGAUAACCGACCUUGUCUUCCUCUUAUCACGCGGUUUAUGUGAUUUGUAACGGCGAUUCGUCGAUUACAGUACAGUCGUCUCCACUGUAUCGUCACUGUCUCUUACUACACAGACAUUACGUGCUUUUAUUAAAUAUUAAAUAUAACUCGUACACUGGCGAGAAAACGUCGUUUGUCCCGCUUCUAAGUUGCGACGAAAUAGAGAAUAUGGAUGUGUAAACUCGAACGCGUGGAAUCGCCGAGCGAAAGGAAUUCUUUUUCAGAGAAUGAAUGAAAUUCUUUUCUGCUCCAAAUGGAGCAGAGCCUCAAUGUCGACGCUCGCAGCGUAGAUCAGGGCACGCGUUUCAGACGAUCAUCAAACGAGAGAUACAUUGUAAAGUCUGCAAUGUAUCUAUAUUUCUGACAGAAGAGAGUCUGCAAUUACAAGAUAGGCUUGCGUACUUGAAACUACUGGUACGAGGUGAGUAGAUUUUGUCAAAGUGUUAUUAUGCAUAAUUCUGUCUUAAUCUUCGGGUGGGAUAUUUAUAUAAGUAUAUAUAAUUUUAAUCCAUAUUUUGUCAUUAGUCGGAUAUUUAAAGCGCAGACGUUUCAUAUGUUUAAACAUAUUAAUCUUUAUUUAUUCGAUAUUGAAUAUAUAAAUUAUAUUGCAGCCAUUAAGCAACUCUAUAUUUUUAAAGGAAUUAAUAAUUUGUAAUCAUUGCCAGCGAAGUUGAAUUCAUCGUUAGACUUCAAAGUUAGAAAACGAAUAGGAAAUUAUAAUACAAAGUGGUUUAUUUUUGUUAAUUAUAUGCACCCAAUAUGUGACUGACAUCAUUUUCAACCGAUAAUAAUUCUAACGAAAAUCUAAUCAUUCUGUUAUAUAAUUAUUCUGUAGGAACUUAAUUAAUACGAGGAAAUUGUCUAGCCUAGACGGUGUUUUUACCUCUGACAACCAAAAUAUGCUCGUAUACCAACUUUAGCGAAGGUUGUCUGGGUUCAUUAUUGAAAUCUAGGCUGAUAACUGAAAUUAUACUUACGUAAAAUAUGCUAUUUAUAUCUAACAAGAUAUACUCUUGAACUUUAAGAUUCUGAAGGAAUUUUUAAUAACAAUCACAUUACUGAUUUUAUUUGACUCACAUGUAAUCUACGUGUAAAGUGCAUUAAUUUAUUACGUUCUAUGUUAAAACUCGGUGCAUUGUUGUUAUGUAAUAUAUUUAUAUUACUUUUUAUGUUUACAGGCGCUUAUAGCAGUUCCUGGCUGAGGAAAUGAAUAAAACGUAUUGAAAAACGGAAAGUAAAUUUGCACAAAAAUCAUUACGUAUCCUUAAAAAUCAAACAAGAAAUCAUAUAAAAUAUAACGAUGAAAUAUUAAUAAUAAUGUAUCGAUUAUAUAAAAUUUAAGACUUGGCAUUAUAUAUAAUAUCUAUUUACAGAUUUUUGAUUGCAUCUGUUAGUACGCAUCCCGUAGUAUUGGACAUACAAACGAAAGAUAUGCGUGUAAAAGAAGUUUAAGAUCAUAAGGAGGAAAAUCUACGCGUUAAAAGUCGUUUUCUUUAUUGACACCAUGAUGGACGCUUCAUUUUCCGGAGACAAUUGAGCGAGCGAUGGCAAGAGCGCAGCAGUGAUGGUUAUUUCGAUUACAAUUUUUCAUACUCGCCAGAUUGUAUGACUUUUAAUAUAGUCUCUUCGAAAACUGCA